GGGCUUUGCCGUGAGCCCGUCCAAGCAACAGCGUUUAUUAAGGAAUCUCUUGUGUUAAUGAACAUGGAGAAGGAGGAAUGUGGGAGCGGGAAUGUCGGCUCCGGAGACGUGGUGGGAGCGGCGGGGAGAAGGUGGCCAAAGAGCUCCAAAACGAGGGGAAACCUCAGGGAGAAGGUGCCAAAGAGGCACCAAACAAGGGGAAAACAGGGAGAAGGUGCCAAAGGAGCACCAAAACAAGGAGGAACCUCAGGGAGAUGCCCAAAAAGCUCCAAAACAAGGAGAAAACCUCAGGGAGAAGGUUCCAAAGAGGCACCAAACAAGGGGAAAACAAGGAGAAGGUGCCAGUGGGGCACCAAAAUGAGGAGAAAACCCCAGGGAGAUGCCAAAAAGGCACCAAAAUGAGGAGAAAACCUUGGGAGAAGGUGUCAGAGAGGCACCAAACAAGGAGAAAACAGGGAGAAGGUGCCAAUGGGGCACCAAAACGAGGAGAAAACCCUGGGGAGAUGCCAAAAAAGCUCCAAAACGUGGAGAAAACCUCAGGGAGAGGGUGUCAAGGUGGCACCAAAACGAGGGAAAACCUCAGGGAGAUGCCAAAAAACACUAAAACAUGGAGAAAACCUCAGGGAGAAGGUGCCAAAGUGGCACCAAAACAAGGAGGAACCUCAGGGAGAUGCCAAAAAAGCUCCAAAACAAGGAGAAAACCUCAGGGAGAUGUGCCAAAGUGGCACCAAAACAAGGGAAAACCUGAAGGAGAAGAUGCCAGAACCCACCAAAACCAGGAGAAACCUCGGGUAGAUGCCCAAAAAGCUCCAAAACGUGGAGAAAAUCUCAGUAAGAAGGUGCCAAAGUGGCACCAAAACAAGGAGAAACCUCAGGGAGAUGCCAAAAAACACCAAAACGUGGAGAAAACCUUGGGAGAAGGUGUCAAAGAGGCACCAAACAAGGGGAAAACAGGGAGAAGGUGCCCAAAGAGCUCCAAAACGAGGGGAAAAGCUGAGGGAGAUGCCAACAAAGGUUCCAAAACGAGGGGAAAAGCUGAGGGAGAUGCCAACAAAGGUUCCAAACCGAGGAGAAAACCCCGCGGAGAUGCCAACAAAGCUCCAAACCGAGGAGAUAACGCGGAGAAGGUGCACCCAAGUGGCACCGAAACGAGGGAGAUGCACCCCCCCCCCCCCCGAAAAGCUCCAUAA